AUGCCUGAAAGUAUCAAAUCAGCUGCUGAUAUCAAAACCGCACCUUUCGACCCAAGAUUCCCUAACCAGAAUCAAACAAGACACUGCUAUCAAAGUUAUGUAGACUUCCACCGUUGCCAGAAGGUGCGAGGAGAGACAUACGAACCGUGCAAUUACUUCAAGCGCGUGUACAAAUCCCUCUGCCCCAAUGAAUGGGUCGACAAGUGGGACACCCAACGUUCAGAGGGAUCUUUCGCGGGAAGGAUUUAA